AUGCCUCUGUUUACAGAUGCACCGCCGAAGGUCCUUGUCCCAGAGAAGUUGUCACCAGAUGGUCUGUCUUUACUAAGAGGCUCGCUCGAUGUCGAUGAGCGCAAGGGACUCAGCCCUGAGGAGCUACUGGAUAUCAUCCCUAACUAUGACGCUUUGCUCGUCAGAUCGGAGACAAAGGUAACCGCAACGGUGUUGCGUGCCGCCCGUCGCCUGAAAGUCGUCGCUCGUGCCGGGGUAGGAGUGGACAAUGUCGAUGUCGAGGAAGCUACAAAACUCGGCAUUGUCGUGGUCAAUUCACCCUCCGGAAACAUUGGAGCGGCCGCAGAACACACCAUUGCUCUUAUGAUGUCCAUGGCAAGAAAGGUACCGGAAGCUUGUGCUAGUUUAAAGAACGGAAAAUGGGAACGCAGCAAAUUUGUGGGCGUGGAGGUCAAAGGGAAGACACUGGGAAUUAUUGGUCUUGGAAAAGUGGGUUUGACCGUGGCCCGGCUGGCAAAAGGCCUCGGCAUGACUGUAAAUGCAUUGGAUCCAUAUGCGUCUCCGGCCGUUGCAUCUUCGGCCUCUGUAACUCUUGUCUCAUCUCUACCAGAGCUUUUAUCGACAGCAGACUUUCUCACAAUUCACACACCUCUCAUCGCAUCGACCCGAGGCAUGAUUGGAGAAGCAGAACUGUGUCAGAUGAAACCGGGCUCUCGCAUUUUGAAUGUUGCUCGAGGUGGAACAAUCGACGAAGCUGCACUGCUGGUAGCUCUAGACUCAGGUCAUUUAGCGGGAGCAGCAAUUGAUGUCUUUACAUCCGAGCCUCCCAGUCCGGAUUGUACAGCAGCAAAGCUGAUUGCCCACCCAAACGCCGUGGUAACUCCACACCUUGGCGCAUCGACCGUGGAGGCGCAGGAGAAUGUUUCGGUAGAUGUAUGUGAGCAAGUGUUGGAAAUUCUGAAAGGAGCAUUGCCCCGGAGCGCUGUCAACGCACCUCUCAUUCUUCCUGAAGAAUAUCAAAAGCUACAGCCAUUUGUCCGCCUGGUCGAAAAAUUGGGCAGCCUUUACACCCAACACUACGCUGCAUUGCCAGGCGGCUCCAUGACGCGGAACACAUUCGACCUGAUCUACCAAGGCGAGGUCGCAAGUAUCAAUAACACAAAGCCCUUGUUCGCUGCAUUAAUCAAAGGCCUUCUAGCACCCAUCAGCGGAUCGGAAGGAAUCAAUAUCAACAUCGUCAAUGCCGAGCUAGUCGCUCGUGAACGUGGAAUCUUCGUGAACGAACAACAUUCUCGCGAUCCGGCGGACCGUUCCUCUUCCUAUUCAUCACUGGUUACUCUUGUUGCCAGACCGCCAUCUCGCGCAUCAUCUCGGGCUCCUGGUGUCCCCGAUGCCACCGGAGCGAUAUCUCAACCUCCCGCACAGCGAGUGAUCUCGGGAACCUGCUCUGGGGACCAACCAUUGAUCACUCGGCUAGGCCGCUUUGAGGCUUCUUUCGUGCCAGAAGGGACUUUGCUCAUUUGUGAAAAUUACGAUUCGCCUGGAAAGAUCGGUGUUGUGGGUAGCAUUCUAGGAGAGGAGGGUGUCAAUAUCAACUUCAUGACUGUUGCCCCAGUUUCCCCCAAAUUGGCCGUGGGUGAUGACCCAAAUGAGACUAAGCCCACCAAAGACGGCACCACCGAGACUCCGGUGCAGGAAGAGGCCUCUGGAUCAAAAGAGGCUCUUAUGAUUCUAGGCAUCGACCGGGUUGUCCCGCAACGGGUGACGGUCGAUUUGGUGAAGGAGGGUGGGGUACUCAGCGCAGGUUUUGUGACCCUAUGA